AUGUUACAAUUGCGAUUUUCGCAAUCGAGUCUUAUGCAAUUGCGGCAAUUUCACGCAAUUUCCGACCAAUGCAAUUGCGCAUUUUGCAAUCGGUACAUCACUAGGUAUUUAUGGACAACAAUAUUAUGUUUAUUAUUAGGUUUUCUAGUCUAUAAAUUGUCAAAAUUUUAUUACCAAUAUUAUAGUCUACCUCCCGGUCCAUUUCCAUUGCCAAUAAUAGGCAAUAUGUUAUGUAAGUUAUUAAAUAAAAUAACUAUUUUACCAAAAUUUUGGGACGACUCGAUUAGGGAAAUGGCUAAAAAAUAUGGACCAAUAUUUACCGUCUAUUUUGGUAAUAAUCCUCAAAUAAUUAUAACCGAUGCCGACAUCGCUAGACAAGUGUUUAGUAAAAAUGAAUUUUCUGGUCGUUUUCACAAUUAUUUCGCAUCAUUGUUGGCCAAUGGUGUAGCUAUGGCUGAUUUUGGGCACAGUUGGAAAGCACUUAGACGUGUAGCGCACAUGGCAGCAAUGAAUUAUUCAAUGAAUGAAAAGUUAGAGAACAUAGUCGUCGAUUGUGUGGACAAAACAGUUGAGUUGAUGUUGGAAAGGGAGGGUCCGGACAAACCUAUUAAACCUAACGAUUAUAUAUAUAUGAUAUUUCUUAACAUUUUGGCCAACAGUGCGUUCAAUGAAAAAGAAUAUUUAAAAUCAUUGAAAUGGUUUGAUCGUAAAGUCUAUGAAAAAAAGUCAAAAGUUUUCAGUGAAAUGCGUGAAUUGAUUUUGAAAAAAUUCAAAUUACAUUACAUUGAUUAUAAUCCUAAUUUUCAACGAGAUUUUUGCGAUACACUUAUUGAAGCUAAAAAUGUUGCCAUCAAUGAGGGCCGCAAAUCGGCUGACUAUCUAACCGAUGAUCGACUGUCGAUGUGUGUGUUUGAUAUGUUUUUUGCCGGAAUAGAGACAUCGGAGAUAACAUUUCAAUGGUUGCUCCUAUUGAUGACCUAUUAUCCAGAAAUGCAGAAUCGAUUGAAACAGGAAAUUGAAACAAAAAUUGGUAACCGAUUGCCCCGACAUCAGGACAGACAACAGUGUCCAUAUGUGAUGGCAUUUAUUGCCGAAACAUUAAGAUUCAGAAAUGUUUUACCACUUGGUUUGCCUCACAAGUCUAUGGUCGACAGCAAAAUAGGAAACUAUACGAUACCUUAAGGUAUGAUUUUGUAUGUAUAUCAGGGA